ACUGCGCAGCUUAAAGAGCAUCAGCCCACAUACACAGAGCGCGCGAGAGGUUUCUGCGCAGCUUUAGGGAGCAUAAAGAGAGAGAGGGAAGAGAAGAGAAGACAGAGAGAGAGAGGGAGAGAGAGAGGGAGAGAGUCCUAGUUAAUUGCAAGUUGUUUCUUCGACAGAGGUCGCAGAAUUCACGGAGUGUCGGUUCAUCGACGAAUCCAAGCCAUCCGAUUGCUCCGCCGAAGCAUCUCGGCCGGGAGCGACUACAACAGACCCAGGUGUUGAUAAAGCCCUUUCUUUCUCUUCGUCUCGUCGGAACACGGCAUUCCUUUGCCGAGUUCCCCUUCCUGUUGGAAUGCUUCUCGAUGAACAGAGUUGAAGCCUAGGCUGUAGUUUGGUGGGUAGCCUUUUGCUUUUUGGUAAAUGGGCUGCUUCUCGUCCAAAGCUAGAAGGCAGUUUCCAGGACGUGAGGACCCUGUUAUUCUCGCUUCACAGACGGCUUUCACCGUCAGUGAAGUUGAAGCACUAUUCGAGCUGUUCAAGAGUAUUAGCAGUUCUGUGAUUGAUGAUGGGCUAAUAAACAAGGAAGAGUUUCAGUUGGCUCUAUUUAAGAACAAAAAGAAGGAGAACAUAUUCGCUAAUCGGAUCUUUGACCUAUUUGAUGUUAAGCGAAAGGGGGUCAUUGAUUUUGGUGACUUUGUUCGAGCACUCAAUGUUUUCCAUCCAAAUGCUCCACUAGAGGACAAGAUCGACUUUUCAUUUAAGCUUUAUGAUAUGGAUGGUACGGGAUUCAUAGAGCGACAUGAGGUCAAGCAAAUGUUAAUUGCACUUCUGUGCGAAUCAGAGCUGAGAUUGGCGGAUGAAACUGUUGAAGUAAUCCUGGAUAAGACAUUUUUGGAGGCAGAUGUGAAUCAGGACGGAAAAAUUGAUAAAGCUGAGUGGCAAGACUUUGUUUCUCGUAAUCCAUCCUUAAUGAAGAUUAUGACCCUUCCUUAUCUAAGGGACAUUACAACAACGUUUCCGAGUUUUGUGUUUCAUUCAGAAGUAGAUGAGAUUGCAACAUGAAUUUGUACCUCACCAUAUGCCCAGCAUCUCUCCAAUUAGAAAGCAGUGUGCUAAAUUCUUGUGCCAACUUUUUUUAGUUUUAAAGAAUCUCAGUAGGAUGGGGGCGUGGAUUUCACCCAGCCAAGAUUGUUGUAUUUUGAUUUUUGACUUGAACUCUGUGGAUAGCUCCCAAAAAAUAGGUGCAGCCACCCAGGUAGUUAGUUUGGAAGGGUUUGCUGAGGUAGCAAGCUCAAUCCUACCUUGCCAACCUACGAAUGAUAAGGUUGCGGAAGGGGUACUUUUUGGCAUAUGAUUGGUAAAAGUUUCAUGAGGUUUUGUGGUUUU